AGUCGUUUUGGUCUUUUUAUAACAUUAAAACCAGCUCAAUGGUUUGGUGUCAUUAUUCCUCCUCCUCCUCCUCCAUACUCUCUUUAAUUCCAGAAUUUUGGAUCAAUAAACAGAGCAAAGCAAAGGGUAUUCUCAGAAUUUUCAUCAACUAAAAGGAUUUUGAGAAUUUUGAAGGAAGGACAAGUUACUUCUAACAUUGAAAAAUUAGCAUGGAAAGAGGACAAGAAAAUGAAGGAGCAAGAGAUAAAGGGGAAGCGAACAACUUAGAGGUGUCGUUUUCUGAUCUUCACAAGGACAUUGUCAAUGUUCUGGAUUUCAUGGAGAGGUUAAAGCCCAAGGAAAAUAAAAAAGGUCUUGAUGUGGAUCGAGUUGAAAAGCUGAAAUCAGAGUUGGCAUUUAUUUGUACAUAUCUCCAGCCUUCUUAUUCCGAUUUGGAGCAGUUUAAAGAUAUUAUGACUGCCAAAAGACAAGAGGUUGAGAAUUUGCUUCAAUCAAUUUUGGAUGAUGUUGACAACAACGUCGGGCAUAAAUACAACAUGCGUCAUGUCAUUUCUAGCCUCACCAACAAUAUGGAUGACUGUAUCAGCUCACAUCAUCGUUCUAAAUCAAGUGCCACCUUGACCGAGGAUCAGUUGAACUUUCUCCUUCUGAAUCUCCAUCAUCUAUUGAAGUAUCGUGCUGAACGUAUUUAUCCGUUAGUGACUGAAUAUGAGAUUAUUCAGAAUGUAUGUCGCAACAUAAGAGAUUUUCAUGGGUUGAUAGUAAAUGGUUGUGUUGAGCAUGAGAUUGUUGAAUAUGUCUUGCCUCAGAUACAAUGUAUGGCUGAGAGAACAGGAUACUUCAUUUGGAAUGAUCAAAUUGAUGGAAAUUCUCAUCUCUUCAAGCUAGCUCAUCUAUUUUUGAAAAUUAUUCCAAUUGAAAUGGAGGUGAUGCACAUAUGUGUUAUAAAUUUGAAAGCUUCAACAUCAAUAGAAGUUGGGAAUUUCAUUGAGCAGCUCGGGGAAACCUCUCCGACCAUUCUUAAGGAAUAUCUAAUUCAUCUACAAGAGCACAUGAUAACUGUUUUUACCUCUAGCACUUCAGGGGCUCGAAACAUUCAUAUCAUGAUAGAGUUCCUAUUAAUUAUUCUUGCUGAUGUGCCCAAGGACUUUACUCAUCAUGAUAAAUUAUUUGAUCUCUUGGCACGUGUUGGAGCACUUACCAAGGAGGUAUCAACUCUUGUUCGUGACUUAGAAGAGAAAUCAAAGAAUAAAGACGGUACCGAUGAGACAAACCGUGCAACUCUAGAUUUGCUAAAAGAUAUUGAACCCCUGAAGGGAGAUCUCAGGCAUGUGUACUUGAAAGACCCAGACUCAUCUCAGCGUUGCUUCCCCAUGAGUGAUGGAUCGUUCUUUAUUCGUCUGCUACUCAUACACUUAAAUGAUUUGCUAGAUUCCAAUGCUUAUUCAGUUGCUUUGAUAAAGGAAGAAAUUGGACUGGUGAAAGAAGACCUAGAAUUUAUAAGAUCUUUCUUCGUGAAUGCUGAGCAAGAUUUAUAUAAAGAUCUUUGGGAACGUGUUCUAGAUGUGGCAUAUGAGGCAAAAGAUGUCAUUGAUUCAAUUAUUGCCAGAGAUAAUAGUCUCUUACAUCUUAUUUUCUCACUUCCCAUUGCCAUAGAGAAGAUUAACCUUAUCAAAGAAGAGGUCUCCAAUUUACAUGAGAAGAUUCCCAAGCCCAGGGGCCUUAUUGUUGCAAACUCUCCCAACAAGCCAAGUGAAAGCAAGUCACUAACAGCUGAUAAAAUAUUUGUAGGUUUUGAGAAGGAGACAAACUGGAUAAUUAGGAAGCUUACCAGUGGACCUGCAGAUCUAGAUGUCAUUUCGAUCACUGGUAUGCCGGGUUCGGGUAAAACUACUUUGGCGUACAGAGUAUACAAAGAUGAAUCAGUUUCUAGUCACUUCGACAUUCGCGCAUGGUGCACAGUCGGCCAAGAAUAUGACGAGAAGAAGUUGUUGGAGAAAUUUUUUAAUCAAGUCACUGGCUUGAAUGAGAUUCGUGAUGUUGCUGAUAAGCUGCGGAAACAUCUGUUUGGAAAGAGGUACCUUAUAGUGUUAGAUGACUUGUGGGAUACUGAUUCAUGGGAUACAUUAACAAGUCCUUUUCCUAAAGUUGAGAAAGGAAGUAGAAUUGUUUUGACGACUCGAGAAAAGAAAGUGGCUUUGCAUGGAAAACACGAUAGUGAUCCUCUUAACCUUCGAUUGCUAAGAUUAGAAGAAAGUUGGGAGUUAAUAGAGAAAAGGGUAUUUGGAACAGAAAGUUGCCCCGAAGAACUAUUGGAUGUUGGAAAACAAAUAGCCCAAAAUUGUAAAGGGCUUCCUUUGGUGGUUGAUCUGAUCGCCGGAGUCAUAGCAAGGAAGGAAAAGGAAAAAAAUGUGUGGCUUGAAGUUCGAAAUAAUUUGAGUUCCUUUAUUUUCAACAAUGAAGUGGAAGUGACGAAGGUUAUAGAAUUAAGUUAUGACCAUUUAGCGGAUCACCUUAAGCCAUGCUUGCUUUACUUUGCAAGUUUUCGGAAGGAGAGAAUAAUUAGAGUCAGAACUUUGAAAAGGUUUUGGCUUGCCGAAGGACUUGUAGAACAGACUGAGAUGAAGAGUGGGGAAGAAGUGAUGGAUAAUUUAAUUUCCAGUAACUUGGUAAUUUUUUUCAAUGAGAUAGAUUAUCAUCAUACUUGCCAACUUCAUGAUCUUGUGCAUGACUUUUGUUUGAUAAAAGCAAGAAAGGAAAAGUUCUUUGACCGGAUAAGUUCAAGUACUCCAUCUUCUUCUUCUUCUUCUUCUUCUUCUUCUUCUUCUUCUUCAGAUUUGAUGCCACGUCGAAUGAUCAUUGAUUAUGAUAAGGAGCACUUUGGGCUUAACAAUUUUAUCCUGGUCGGUUCAAAAAAGCAAAGGCAUUCUGGUAAACACCUCUAUUCUUUGCAGAUAACUGGAGACAAGUUGGACGACCGUCUUUCUGAUAUAUGUCACCUAAGACACUUGAGGCUUCUUAGAGUUUUGAUCCUGGAACUGGAUAACUCUUUGGUGAAAGAUUCUUUGCUGAAUGAAAUAUGCAUGUUGGUUCAUUUGAGGUACUUAAACAUCUAUACAGAAGUUAAAUCUUUGCCUGCAUCUUUUUCAAACCUCUGGAAUCUGGAAACUUUGUUUGUGGAAAACAAAGGACCACCCUUGGUACUAUUCCCGACAAUUUGGAAUCUUGUAAAGUUGCGAAUACUGAGCAUAAAACAUAGUGCGUUCUUUAAUUUGGAUAUAGAUGAACCAAUACUGAUAGCAGAGGACUCAAAGUUAGAGAACUUGAGAACAUUAGAGCAUCUCAAGCUUUCCUAUUCAAAAGAAACAGAGGAUAUUUUCAAAAGGUUUCCCAAUCUUCAAAGCCUUCACUGUUCUCUCAAGGAAUCAUGGGAUUGCUCAACAGAGCGAUAUUGGUUCCCAAAAUUGGAUAUCUUAACUGAACUAGAAAUCCUCUGUGUUCGCUUUGAAAGUUCAAAUUCAAAUAACAGCGGGCCCUCUGUAGCAACAAAUCGACCGUGGGAUUUUCACUUCCCUUCGAAUUUGAAAAUGUUGGUGUUGUGUUACUUACCUCUGACAUCCGAUUCACUAUCAACAAUAGCGAGACUUACCAACCUUGAAGAGCUAUACCUUCAAAAUACAAUCAUCAAGGGGGAGGAAUGGAACAUGGGGGAGGAAGACACCUUUGAUAAACUCAAAAUUUUGGGGUUAAAAGUGAGUCUUGCUAAGUGGGAGGUUGGAGAGGAAUCCUUUCCUGUGCUUGAGAAAUUAGAACUGUUGGAUUGCCAUAAGCUUGAGGAGAUUCCGCCUAGUUUCGGGGAUAUUUGUACAAUGAAAAUUAUCAAACUUGUAAAGUGCCCUCAACUUGUAGAUUCUGCUCUGAAUAUUAAGCAAUAUUUUGAAGAUAUGAUGGGAGGGAAGGAGCUUCAGGUCCUUGGGCUGAAUGAUAUCCCAUUACUUAAGUAGCUUUGAAGCAACCCUGGGUAAAAAGGCUUGAGUGCUCUUACCCAUGGAAAUUUGUGAGUACAGACAAACUUAUUGCCUACUCCAUUUCAUUUAAAAAGAAAAAAAAUGAGUGCCACAUAAAAUGGAGUAGUUUUUCUUUCAAUUGUUUUCCAAUUGCUUUGACACUCUGUAAUGUUCUUUGCAGAGCGCAUGUAAAGAAGACAGUUACAAUUCCCUUUGCCGAUACAUCAGCUUUAGAGGCUAAGGAUAAAUCCUCAGACAUCUAUUUCCCUCCUUUUUCUUUUAUUCUGUUGUGGUGAAUAAGCCAUGGAGUUGUAUUCCUAUUGUUAUCACGGAACUUUUGUUCAAUUUCCGCCCUUUUUCUUCAUUUUGUGUGCUUAUAGUUAAAUCCAAGUUUUGUUUUUUCAAAUAGUAGUUCUUGUAUACUCUCUUUUCUUCUUUGGAAUGGCUUGAAUUGUAUGCAUAUCAUAUAUUACUCCUCAA